UUAGGUUAUUUAAAUUGAAUUUUCGUAUACAUGUAUGCAAAAUUGGGGACCAUAUUCGUGAAAUCCAUAGAUCUACUUGGAAGUUGUAAAAGAAUGAUAUUCACGUUGGUGAAUAAUGCCGGAUACUCCAACAAAAGAAGACGUACAAACUUGUGAAGAAAAUGGACUUGACGAUAAAGAGAAAAUUGAGGUCAUUGCCGACGAUGACACGACGCCGAUAAAUGAAAAUAAUGAAGAGGCAGAAGAAGAGCCCCCAUCUUCUACUAGAUCUCAGCCCACAGAAGAAUCAGAGCAACCAGGAGAUUCACCAAAUACCAAUACAGCAAUCAUAAAAAGAAGAUAUAGGAAAAUUAAUAGACCUUUGUAUUAUAUCGGUGGAAACAAUGGAACACAAAUAGUUGAUGAAUUUCUCAGUUCUCUUGGAUGGGAAAGAAUAUCUGACAAAACAAGAGAUGAUUAUAGAUUAAAAUGGUGUGAGAUCAAAUCACACAAUAAUUACUACAGUUUUAGGGAAGGUGAUCAGCUGUGUUACCAGAUUCCCAAUAAUAAAGUAUUGACGACAAAAAUAGGACUUUUAACUUCUCUACAAGAGUAUGACAGGGUGAUGAAUAAAGUCAAAAAAGGGAGACCUAGAAUCAUGAAAUAUCAGGACUUCUUUCCUGAAACAUACAGAAUGGAUGUAAAAGAAGAGAGGGAUAUGUUUUAUGAACUUUAUAAAGAUGGUGAAAUUUGGAUUUCAAAGCCGACAGGAUUAAAUCAAGGCAAAGGAAUCUAUUUAAUAAGAGACCGAGAAGAUAUAUCAAAAUUCCAAGAGAAAAUGGCUGAUAUUGAAGAGGAGGUCCAAACAACAAGAAAACUACCUUUCAAAGUACCGAUGGCAAGAAUUGUCCAGAGAUACAUUACAAAUCCUCUACUUCUUGAUGGUAAAAAGUUCGAUGUUCGGAAUUACAUGCUUGUGUCAUCUACUCAACCAUUUGUGGUGUUUUAUUGUGAUGGAUAUUGCCGUCUUACUUGUUUACCUUAUGAUGAAAGAAGUACAGAUCUAACUGGUCAUCUUACUAAUCAGUUUAUGCAAAAAAAGAAUCCACUUUAUCAAGAAAUUAAAGAUGAAACUGUUUGGUCUAUGGAUAGAUUUAACGAAUACGUAAACAAGCAUCACAUGGACAAAAAUAAACUUCCGCAGGAUUGGGUUCAUACAGUAUUAAGGAAACGUUGUCAACAAAUCAUGCUUCAUUGUUUUCAAUCGGUUCGUCACAAGCUAGAAUGCAAGCUAGGAUUUUUUGAUAUGUAUGGAUGCGAUUUUCUAGUUGAUGACAAAUUUAAGAUCUCAUUACUUGAAUUCAAUUGCAAUCCAGCGCUACAUACAAACUGUGAUAUUUUGAAGGAAGUUAUACCUGGAAUUGUUACUGAAAGCCUAAAACUGGCAUUGGAGAUAUUCAACAAAUCCAAAGCGAAAGAACGAAUUAUGCCUCUCACUUCACAAGAGAGAGUAAUUCUUCUUUAUAAUGGUGAUUUGAUUGAAGCAGAGGAACGAAGAGAAAAACUUCGAUCGGCUGCUGAAGCAAGAAAAAGAGCACGAAGCGCUCAGAGAAGAAAAAAAUUUAUGGCAAAUUUUAAUAUGCGAUAUGCAUAUGGAGGCAGAAGAGGUUCAGAUGGUGAAGGUGAAACGAAUACGAACCCAACAACAAAUGUAACAAAUACGACAACAUCCACGACAAAUGUCACCUCAAGACUCGCAAAUCCAAAACAAUCUCUGAGCACCGAAAGUAUCUUGUCCGUGACGACAGCGUCACAACUUGCAACUUAUCACGUUUCUGGUUCACGAUCGCAAACAUCACUUUCGACAACUUCGAGUAAUCCGGCACUCUCACAAAGUCCUCCUAGAGUCGUACAAUCUCGAAGUUUACCAAACGUGUCGCAGAAAAAGCCGUUUUACGCUGGAGGAAGUGUAUCUUCUCGUCCAUUCUCAGCUCCACGAUUUCAACGAAAAGCAAACGAUUCUCGAAAAUCAAAUAAUAAUAAUUCGGUAACGCAAAAUAAAACCACAAAUGUCACCUCGACAGCGAACGCUGAAGACAGUCUCGUCACAGAAGAAUCUAUAGCAGCGUCUUUGGAUGCUAAACUCCAUGUUUAUAGAAAAACGAUUUCUACUAACACAAAACAUGAUGAAAAACGAAAAGAAAAAUCUCCAGAAAUGGAUAAAAAUGAAAAAGAUUCUCAGCAAACUAGAGGACGAGCGAGAGAAAGAUACAGGUACAAUGCUAUGAUAACAAAGGAAAAGAGAGACAACAGUUCUCCGAAAAGACAAGAAAGAUGUGAUUAUUCUGAUGAUAGUGAUCAAGAAAAGACUGUUGCAAUGAGCAAGAAGUUACUUGAAGCAAUGUCUCCUUCAUCAUUGUCAGCCAUGCAAGCACCUUCUGCUAAACUACCAUUGAAUUAUCAUAAUAAAGUACCAAUGGAUAACGAAUUUUCAAAGAAAUAUUUAGCUGGGAUUGCAAAUGCGAAGAAGGGACAAAACAAGAUAGCAAAAAAUAAUACAACAAUGAAAAAUGCUGUUUUUAAGACUCCACUGCCGUCAGCUCUGCCAUUUCAUUCUCGAGACACAGGCUCAUACUUUCUACCUUCAAGCGAGCAGAUUAUACAGCAACAAAAGGUGCAAUAUCGUACACCAACAACAGUACGAGUUCGUCAGACAUUACAAGCAACAACAUGUACUUUAGAAAUUGGUCCGAAUCAAGAAGAGGGCUUGUAGCCAUUCCAACAACAGCAACUACUACUCCUCUUGUCCAAACACAGAGAACUCAGACAACAAAAAACAAUCAAAUUACAAAAUUACGAAUGAUAAAUGCUACUGCAGCAUUAUAUCUCCAUCAUUAGAAUUAGAAGAUAAUCCUACAUUACCAGGUGUGAGAAUAAACCUAGAUGAACCACAACUCCAAGUUCAGUCAUCAGCGCAUAAUGGCUUUUGCUGAUUCCAGUGAACCAAAGUCAAAAGCAACUUGUGUUGAUUCAUCAACGCAACACCUGUAUCAAAUUCUAGUUUAUCUUCUGAAGAAAAAGUUAUCUGGAGACUUCGGACAAGAAUUGGUGCUAAUAACAAUAAUGUUCGACAUUCAAAUCGUUCCUCAAUGCCAAGUAAUGAAAUGUCAACAAAAUCUUUAGCAAAUUUUCCAUCAUCUAUGACCGGAAUUAAAACUUAUAAUAAUCAAUUAAGUCCAAG